UCGAAUUUUCAAACUCUCUCUUUCUCUCUCUUACUCUUUCUCUCUCUAAAAGACCUCGAAUUCUUCUCUAACCAUAUCCGACUGGAAGAAUCUCCCCAAAAAAUUCUUUCUUUUGGUGUUUUGAUUUGAAUUUCGCUCAUUUUCUCGAGAAAACACUUUCUCGGUCUGGAAAAGUUCGGGACUUUCGGGAGUUUCGUGAAGCUCAGAGGCUGUUUCUUUCGGUUUCGGUUUUUUUCUCUGUUCGACAUGUCCGAGGAGGUUUUGACUUUUGAAGCUCGCAACGAUCCGCGAAGAUGAUCUCCGGUAUUGGUUGCGUGUGACUGUUUGGUCUCCAAUGGUGAUUGCCUUUUCUUGAGCUCCGUUGGCUUCUAGGGUUUCUGUGUGCUAGGUUUGGACUUGAAUAGCUUGUCAGAACUGGGAAUUUUCAUCAUUGGAAGAGUGAUUGGAUCAGGGAAGCUGAGGUUGAAUUGUAUAUUUAACAAAUAAACCAGUAUGGUUGCAAAAGGGCGUUCAAGUACGUCAGAGUCUCCUAAUCCCAAGGCAGAGGUGGGAGAGAUAGACACCAGGGCACCUUUUCAAUCUGUUAAAGAUGCGGUCACGCUAUUCGGUGAAGGAGCAUUCUCCGGAGAGAAACCUGCUAUUAGGAAGCCAAAACCUUAUUCUGCAGAGAGGGUGUUGGCAAAAGAGACGCAGCUUCACCUGGCCCAGAAAGAAUUGAACAAGCUGAAAGAACAACUAAAGAGUGCCGAAACAACAAAAUCAGAAGCACUUUCAGAGCUUGAAAGGGCCAAAGCAGCAAUCAACGAUCUCAAUAACAAGCUGAAAUCUCUAAAUGAAUCCAAGGGAUCGGCAGUCAAGGCAAUAGAAGCUGCAAAAAGUCAGGCAAAGCAAUUUGAAGAAGCAAAUAGUUCUAGCCUUCCCGGUGCUGAUGGUGCCUGGAAACAUGACUUAGAAACGGCAAGAGCACAGUAUACUACUGUAAUUAGUGAACUUGAUGCGGCAAAGCAAGAAUUACGGAAACUUCGACAGGAUUGUGAUUUGUCGUUGGAAGCAAAAGAUGCUGCCUUCAAGCAAGAAGCAGAAGCCAAAGAUGCAGCCAAAGCAAAUGUGGAGAGAGUUGGUGAACUCUCUAAAGAAAUUUCAGCUGUGCAGGAAUCAAUCGGGCAAGUUAAGCUUGCAUCUCUGCAUGCCCAACAGGAGCAAGCCAAGAUAUUUGCUGAAAAAGAUGUCCUGAGGCAGUCACACAAAUCCACACUGGAGGAGUCGGCUAAAAAAUUAGAUGUCUUGAAAAAAGAGUUUGAUCCAGAACUUUCCAGAAAUCUUGAAGCACAGCUUGCUGAAACAUUGAAUGAAAUUGGAGCUAUGCAAAAGCAAAUGGAGAACGCAAAGGCUUCCGAUCUAGAGUCUGUGAGAACUGUCACUUCCGAGCUCGAUGAUGCAAAAGGCUCAUUACAGAAAGUUGCAGAAGAGGAAAGCUCACUAAGAAGCUUGGUUGAGGCUCUUAAGGUGGAACUGGAGAAUGUAAAGAAAGAGCAUUCUGAACUGAAGGAAAAAGAAGCAGAAACAGAAUCCAUUGCCGGUAAUCUGCAUGUUAAACUUCGGAAAAGUAAAUCUGAGCUUGAAGCCUGCCUUGUAGAAGAGUCCAAAACAAGAGGUGCUUGUGAUGAAAUGAUAUCGACAUUGAACCAGUUAUCGCUAGAAACUGAAAAUGCGCGUCGAGAAGCGGAAGAAAUGAAAUCUAAAGCAGAGGAAUUGAAGAAGGAAGCGGAAGCCACAAAAAUUGCAGUGCAAGAAGCAGAGCAGCAGCUAAAAAUUGCUUUGGAAGAAGCUGAGGAAGCUAAAGCGGCGGAGGAAAGAGCAGUUGAUCAGAUUAAGGCCUUAUCUGAGCAAACUAAUGCCGCCCGCACCUCAAUUUCCGAGUCUGGUGCCAAUAUCACAAUAUCAAGGGAUGAGUUUGAGUCUUUGAGCCGCAAAGUUGAGGAAUCCGACAAAUUGGCUGACAUGAAAGUGGCUGCUGCCAUGGCUCAGGUGGAAGCCGUGAGAGCUAGCGAAAACGAGGCCCUGAAGAGGUUAGAGUUAGCCCAGAAAGAGAUUGAAGACAUGAAGGCUGCUACGGAGGAGGCUUUGAAAAGAGCGGCAAUGGCUGAAGCCGCCAAGAAAGCGGUGGAGGGGGAGCUAAGAAGGUGGCGGGAACGCGAGCAAAAGAAGGCGGCCGAAGCUGCAUCUCGUAUAUUAGCAGAGGCAGAGGUCUCAGUAGAGUCAUCCCCACGCCACUACAAAGUUCAAAAGCCGAACCCUCAGACCAAAGUUAUCGACACAAAGAAGCUGGAGAAGGAGAAACCCUCCAUUUCGAAGAAGGCGCUCUUGCCUAAUCUUAGUGGCAUCUUCAACAGAAAAAAGAACCAAAUCGAGGGCGGGUCGCCUUCCUAUCUCCCUGGUGAGAAACCCCUGUGAUGUUUUGUUCUUACAAAUACCUUCCUUUAUAUGAGAUUGCGAAUGAAUGGUCGAGACAGGAAAAAAAAAGAUAAACUUUUGUUUGUGUCUGCAGUUUAAACGUUUGCUGUCAAAAAAAAAAAAAAAUGUAUUAUCUUGUCUGUUUGCGCUGGGAAAAGUGGAUGGUCAAAAGGGUGAGCUUUGAAGCAAUUGCGUUAAUGGGGUAGUGUGAUUUUUUGUAUAUGAGACAGUUUGUAGAUUAUCGACUGAAAAUUCCCUGUAGACGUGAGAAAUUCUUCCCCUAUAUUGGUCAUUCAGUUGUCUUUGCGCCAGUUA